GCUGCUGCUGCUGCCUACUAUUGCGCCGUGGGCAGUACGGUCCUCCAGCAGCACAGCCCUCAGCACAGACCCUGCCUCCGUGUGUAGCGUAGUCUGGGAGGGGCGUGCGUCUCCGUCUGUCCUCGCGUCUGUCCGUCCGGGGGAAUGGCGGAUGGGGAGACAGCCGCUUCUAUGGAGUGGGACAGCGGCGGUGUAGCACACUAACAUCAUAUCGCUUCUACCGGUGUCACCUCGGUUCUGUGUGAUCUCCAUCUUUCGCCAUGGACCCAGAGAAGACGCUGACAUUCUGCCACGGGCUCACGGCUGAGGAGAUGACCAUGUCGCUGCAAGGGCUGGUUCAGGGCGUGACGGUUGCGCAGAAAGACCCUGGCAUCAGUACUGUCACCGAGGUGGUGACGCAGCAUGAGGACUCAAACAGCCUGCCGGUCCCAGUCAGCUCCAAGUACUGCCCCGGGUUAAAUAACAAACAGGGGUACCUGUGUGAAACGGGCCACUGCUGUGGAGAGACAGGCUGCUGCACAUACUACUAUGAGCUCUGGUGGUUCUGGCUGCUGUGGACUGUACUAAUCCUGUUCAGUUGUUUCUGUGCUUAUCGUCAUCGCCGAGCAAAAAUGCGCAUCCAGCAGCAGCAGAGACAGAGGGAGAUCAACCUCAUCGCCUACAACGGAGCCUGCAACUACUCUUCCUCAAUGCUCGACCUCAGUUUUCUGGCUUCCUUCAAGUUACCGUCAUACGAGGAGGUGGCAGCACAGCCCAGUACCCCUCCUCCUCCGUACAGCUCUGUUUUUGCCCUGCAGGGAGGAUCCAUGGGCGGCCCCAGUUCCUCCUACCUCCACCACCACUAUCACCGCCACCCUUGCCCGCCCUGCCCUCCCUACUUGGGUCCCGGCCCGAGCGGCUUCACUUCCUCCCAAAGCUCCGAAAACUACACCAGCUGCUCCUGUGAGUCCUGCUCCAUCACCUCCCCCUCCAGCACUUCUUUCUCCGUUCAAGUUACAGACGAGACCUAUGACAGCAGCCGCAUGUCCACGCCAAGCGAAUCAGGAGACAAGUCCAUGUUCACGCCAUCGCCAACUACUCCGGGGCUGGCACACGCACACGCCAUGCCCGAUGUCAUCCCUAGGGUCAAAUCUGAUGUGGUGCCCGCUCAGAGACAGUCAUCCUCCACCAUUGAGUCUAUCUCCCCGUCGGCUCCUCAUCUUUCUCUUCCUCUUCACUCUCUCAAUGCCCCUGGUCCUUCACACCACCAUCGGCACCCCCUAUCUCCUCUCAUUCUCCUGUCCACGCUUCCACCAGGCCAAGUCCAUCCUCUUGCUUUUCCAGACCCACUCGCCUCCCUCAAUGUUAAGAAAGAAAAAUCCCAGUACGAAGCUUCGAGAGCUGCUCCGCGAUCUGUCGUGUCCCCGCUCAAACCCACCAUCGUGUCUCCAACCAACACGGAAAAACCGAAACGCGAAAAAGAAGACGAAGACUUUGAAGACGAUGAAGACGAGGAGGACCAUUUCCGCCAUCGGAGGCUGACCGGGGACUCUGGGAUUGAGGUGUGCCGUUGCCACGUGAAACGAGCUGAGCGAAAGGAAGAGACGGCAACUCAAAACCAAGAGACGAAGCCCGGAGCGCAGUCACCACACAGAGAAGAUUGUGCUGAACGGAGCAGUGGACAGUCCCCAACCUGCAGUGUCAACCUGAAAACCGGCGAUGCCAUUAUUACAGUGGAGUCCUCUUAGGCAAAACAACAGAGAUGUAGACGAAGUACCCAAAGUGAGAUUGCCUAGAUUCAUAGCAUUCUCAUAGAUCAAGACUAGUAAGUGAAGUUGACUCACUGAAGAUAAGUCUUGUGGUCCUUGGUUAGGACAGAGGCUGAAAGGUGCUCUUGAUUAUUCUUGUAGUAAAAGAAAUAACAAGAGAAUCACAUGCCUCAUUCGAGUUGAAGUUGUCAGCUAGUUUUGGUGUUGGUUGACACAUGAAGUCUUGUGUGGUAAUGAUGUCUUGUAGCCCUAAUUCAAGUGUCAUUUGUCACUAGAGCAAAAGAAACAGCUAGAAGUCUUUUUGCAGUGCCCAAACGUUAACUUUUAGUAUCCUUUGUGAUGCAGAAUUGAUUUAUGUAAUAGAAAAUAUUGGUUUUAAUGGUACCAAAAUGUGUCAGAUUAAUUACAUUGUGUUAAGAAUAUGAACUUAAUCCGCUAUACAAAGAUAUGCAUAUAUAUUUGUGAGACAUUCACAUAGCCUUUUCUUGUGAAGGAUUCUAGAUAGUUCUCUACCUCUUGAGGAAUUCAUAGAUGGACAUUCUCAUCAGUGAAAAUCCCUUUCUGGUGGAAAUGCUGUUAACCCACUGACAUGCAGAUUGUAAGGAGCUGUAGGAUUACAAUGUAGAACUUUUAGGCACCUCGUUUGUAAAUGCUUUUGUAGGACGAAGAUCCAUUGUUUUAAAAAUCUUACUGGUUAAUUGCAAACUGUGAGGGCGUAGGUCUAGGGUUUGUUUUGAGGCGAUUUCCCUUUUCUUUUGACUAGAGAAAGCAGAGAACUAUUCUGGCUAGUUGUGUAUUUUGAGCUGUGUGCUUUAGGCUGUACCAUGUCUCUCCUUUAAAAUGGUACAAACAUACUUUAGUCAGUGUGUUGGUGGCAAAGCUUUACCACGAUAUUGUGACUGUAUAUUGUUACUUCAGACUGUUACUUAGAUACUUUUGACUGACUGUUUGACUUCACUGUUUUCACAGGCCCUCCAGGGCGUAUUGCAGUUUUUGGCAAGCAAAGGCCUUUUUGAAGUGUCUUUUUUAAAGUGGAGGGUCCAUUAGUCUAACUGUAUUAUUGAAUGUAGACAAUUACACAACAUGACAGCUCAUUCAUGGUAAAUAUUUAGUAAAAAAAAAAAAUCUUUCAUAGAGAAAUGUCUCCAGAGCUAUAAUGAAGCAGCAGCUGUGGACUUGGACUAAAGUGGUCAUUAAUGAACUUGAGCAUGUGCGACUGAAAUCUGUGUCCACAUAAGAAAUUAUUUCAUUUUAUUAUGGUUGACUCUGUAGUAAACUUGUACAUUAAUGACCACAGAAAAUCUGUCUUUAGGACUCAAUUAAUGGACAGCAGUUACAAUUAGUUCAGAGGGAAAUGUAUUUAUUAUAUUUAUUGGAUUGCAGCUAUUUGAAAUAUGUAUCAGUUAAUUGCCAGCGAGACAUUAACUAUAAAUGCAUGUCUGCUGUGACUUUAACUGCUGUUUAUCUGAAGACAAAUCAUGUUUGAAUCAUGUUUGAAGAGGCUGUGGGGCACAGAAAUGUGUUUAGACCAGGGCUUUGUGGACCACACUAUACUUUUUCAGUGACUAUACAAAAGUAGAGCCCAUUUAGCCUGUGUGGUCAUUACUUUGGUAUAUGGUGCCUAUAAAGUGGAGUUUCUGUUAGUUACACCAUUAGCUGCUGCUAUGUAAGCAUGUUGUCUGUAUAUAACUGUAUAAUAUCAACCAUCUUCAUAGCAGCUUCAGCAGUCUCCAAAAAUAUAGUACAGGUGAGACUUGCAAAAAAUGUAUUUAGCAAUAGUAUUCACACCUUUUUCCUUAUUCUAGUGAAUGCUGGUUGAUAGGAAACAACUGUUGUGAAGAGUAAUUUACCUCUUUUAAACAUUUUACUGUGUGUGAUAGGCAUAAGCACUUGAUAUUGAAUAAAGCUAUAAACAUUUUAUAAAUUGUUGCAAAAUAUUGAUGAUUGAAAAAGAUGCUCUUUUAAUAGAAAACUUGUUUGACUUUAUUUUUUAUGUAGCUAAAGUUUAUGCCUCACAUGCUCUGGACUCAGCUCAACAGUGUCUUUACUUAAGUGUCAUACUCUGUGGUUACAAAACAAUGUUCAUGUUUUGUAUUUCAUGUUAUUCAUCAAGUCUAAAACUUAAAUCUUAAUUAUCCAACAUUUACAAUUUUAUAUUAUUAAGUAAUUAUACUGGUGAAAUGAGAAUCUGGCUACAACAUAAACUAAAGAUUGUUAUGUUCUGGUGCAUGAGAGACAAAAACUGGGCUAAUUAUCAAAGAACGAGUAAGCUCAAUGUAAAUAGAAUAUUAUAGUUUGCCUUAUUAGCAGCUAUCAAGUACGGUAUAAGCUCAAGGCCUGAUACAAGACUGUUACCUCGUGAGUUUUGACUUUCACUGACUUUUUUGGCUUCUUUUAGUUGGAUUGUAUUUUCUCAGUAUUUGUUGCGAUGUUUAUUGAUGGUGAGCCCGCAUUGGUCUGAAUCCAAUCAAAAUCACAUCAGGAAAUCCAAUGACUGUUUCUCAGCUUUCUCCAGCAGCUCCGAGAUUCAUUAUUAGCAGUAUCUGUAUACUUCUCUGUGGAAUAGUUGAUUCUUAUUACUACAGAUUGUAGUGUUCUUUAAGGGUAAAGUUUGUGCAUUUCUACCAACUGCUCUUUGAAGUGUUGUGCGCAUGUGUGAGCGUUACUGUGUUGUGCUAUUCGACCAUUGUUAAUUAUACUGAAGCCAAAGUUGACUGUUAGAUUUUGUUAAAUUGUAAGUUUGGGUAUUAGACAUUUUUAGAAUGUAAUCAUGUAAAAUUACAUCAUUUUGUACAUUGGUGUUUAGAGAAAAUAGGCCUAUAACCUGAUAUCAUGUCUUGAUCUGUGCUUUUUGUUCAUCCCUUAUCGUCAGUUCCUAUAGGCCCUAUAUUUUUACGUUUUAUCCAUUUGAGGUUUGCAUUGCUUUGUUGUAAAUUACUAAAAAAAAUGGCAGUGUACAUCUGUGCCAUCUGAUUCUACAAAACUGUGGAUUUGUGUUAAAAU